AUGCGCCUUCCAUAUGUGCCAAACCCCCCGCAAUUCCAAAGCGAAGCGGACCAAGCAAUCGUCAGGCGCGUCCAGGAAAGACGAGCCGAGCAAGGCCUUCAAGAAUUGGAUCUAGCUUUGCUUCACUCGCCUCCGGUCGCGGAUGGUUGGAACUCUUUCCUCGGCGCCAUCCGUUCGCGCACUUCCCUCUCAGCGUCCCUCCGCGAGACCGCCAUCUGCCGUGUCGCUGUCCUGAACUGCGCAUGGUACGAAUGGAUGCAGCAUGCGCCACUCCUGCGCGCAACCGGUGAGCUCGACGAGCGCGAUAUGGAGUACAUCGUGCGCCGGCGCUCGAAGUCGCAGACGCAACGACCAGGCGGUACCGCUACGGAAGAAAAUCUCGAGCCAUCAUCAAGGUUGACGGAGAAGCAUCUGGCAGUCUUGGACUAUACAGAUGGGAUGACGAUGGACGUGACCGUGCCGGACGAAGUAUUUGAGAGGUUGAGGGCUUUGUUCAGCGAAAGAGAGAUCGUCGAGAUAACGGCUACGGUGGGCGCAUAUAAUUGCGUGAGCAGAUUUUUGGUGGCGUUGGAUGUAGGGGAGAAGAAUGCGGAUACGGGGCCGGACCAGUGA